AUGCAGCACCAAAACUCAGUUUCCCGAUUCAUUUUAGCCACUCUAUGUUCGUUGCAGGACAGGGACGGUGGUCUGUGUGUUUAUGCUACUCUAUAUACACACUAUGACACAGUUGCAAAAGGAGAAACUUUCGUUGUAUCCAUAUAGAAGAACUAUGUGGGAGCUUCUAUCCUCA